GCUGCGAGUUGCGCACGCAGCACUGAUGUGGAGAAAAUUCCAAGUCUACGUCACGACGUUCGCACGUCUCCCCGCCCACUCCCUGCAUGUUUGUCCCAAAAUGUGAGGAGCAGGUUUGCAGAAGUCAGCUGAUGGAGGGGUAGAAAGCAGAAGUAGCUUCUCCAGAUCCGAACGAAAUGGACGAGAUUCGUCCAUUGUUGUCGCCUCAGCGGCUUCAGAGCGUUGACCUGCCUUCUCCAAACCUGCUGCCCAGACACAGAGACCUGUUACCAACACCAUGUGGACCAAUAAAGCGGUGGUCAGAGCUGCCGUGUCUAGUGAAGAUCUAUUUCUGCUUCACGCUCAGCUCCCUGCUAGCCCUCCUCAUCCUCACUGUGUUCAACAUCCAGAGAGAGAGAGUCAGUAAGGGCAGUGACGACGAUGACUUCACGGUGUCCCUCAUCCAGCUUGUCAGCAUCUUGUUCUGCAUGUACUAUAUCACACGGGGGGUGCUGCAGGAGAACAGACAAGAGCUGAUUGUCUUUGUACUGAGCGUGCUUGUGGUCAUGGUGCGCUCGGUGGUCAACUUCAGCGUGCUCACAACACACGACCUGCUUCUAUUGGUACGGUUUGUUUGUAUCCUGUGUGUGGGUUUGCUGCAUGUGAUCUGCGCCAUGCUGCUGAUCCAGAGGCCCAACAUGAUGGCCUUCCGUGUGGGCGGGGCUCUGGAGAGCAUGCAGGAGCAGUACUUCAUACUGAACCUCUGCUUCUCCAUGGUUACUUUUGACCUUCAAGCCCAGCUGUGCCUGUGCAUCCUAAUCCUAACAUCAGGCACCUCCAUGUCCUACGCUCACACUGUCGUUCUAGGAAUUGGGGUUGUCUGGGCCUGCUUCACUGCUGCUGUUGGAGCCAUUGCUGUUUUAAAAGAAGUGAAGCCCCUGGUUUGGAUUUUCGUCCUCAUGAACUUGCCACAGCUGGCUUAUUUCAUUUACCUUCUUUAUUCGAUCAUUUCCCAGUGGGGCCAGAGUAAGACAUACAGUCUGGAGGCUGCUGCCAUAACAGGCUGCGUGGUCUCGGUGACCAUCAAAAGCGUGCUGUUCUGGGGCCUGUACCGCCUCUACCACAGCUUCGGCCAGGGUCUGCGCGAGAGAAUGUUUGCUGCAGACAAGCAAUGAGGACCCUUUGAAGAGGACUAGCGUGAGGCCACUGGGGCCAAUCUGUGAGGAGUACGACAAAGCAACAAAUUUGUUUUAAGGAUGGUUUUUAACAUGGACUAUUUGGCAGCUAGCACUGCUUUUCAAAGCCUACCUUACACAUUAUUGUAAAUCUGAAAUGCUUUUCAGUGGAAAGGCCUUUUCAACUGACCAUAAGUUCAGGCCAUUUCAUGCCAUUGUGCCAAAUUUGUUAAAUUAGAGUGAAUGUGACGGUGUUUACUGCUACAAAUGCACUGAAUGGAUUGAUUGAACAGUACGUUUGAUCUUCCAGGCUUAAACAUGUUCCCACGAUAACUUUGAAUUCCAAAUAACAAUUGCAGACUCUGCAAGCACAAAUAUCAUCAUGUGGCUGUCUUACCUAAUUUUAAGAUUUUGAGGCUUUGUAAAGUCAAUCAGCCAAUUGGCCGCAGUAAUAGACAUGCUUUAGCCUGUCUGUUGCUGCUUUAAACUUUGGGCUUUCAGCCAUUCUUUUAGCCAGGCGUUGAAGUUGUAUUUUAUGUUGAUGAACAAUAGAACAAAGCAUUUCGGAUGUUCUCUUAUUUAGUCGUUCAUAACAUCUCACUUUUGCAUGCUAAAUUUGUAGACUGCAUCCACAAGCUGAUAUGCAUAUGCAUAUACACAUGCAUUUAAAAAAUUAUAUAUAUAUAUAUAUAUAUACAUAUGGCGAUUAAGUCAGUUCAUAAAUAUCUAAUUUGUACCUUCUUGAAUACAAACAAAAAGACCUCUCAGUGUGAAAAUGUACUACUGGUUUGAUACUGUGUUUAUGACCGGAGUUGUUAAGAGUGGAAUUGCUCAUGUUGUGUGAGUGAAAGACAGUAGCUGAGUGACUGACCAGUCACUCAGACUGGGCUGUAUGUUCCUGCAGCAGAGCUAAAUGUGUAGAUUUGCUCAAAGAGCACCUUAAAACAAGUUUGCACUGGAGAUAUGAAGCUAAUGUGGCAAACAAGGAAUGGAAGCUUACCUUCCACCCUUUAGCGCUGUGCAAACUGCAUACCUAAAGCAUCAGUUGCCUCAAACCAGGUCAGGUUGCAAAAUAAUGUGAACAUACUUACAUGGUUUCUGACAUGGUAUUACAUUAUAUAUAUAUUUAUAUAUAAGCAUUACUAGCUACAUUGGCUUCUACACUUACAAAAACUAAAGAAGCAAACUUGUCAAACAUGUCUUGGCUGAUUGACUACAUUCGUUUUUUUUUAAAGGCUGUAUCAGAGAUGGUUUCCCACCUUCAUCUUUUUUGUAAGUACGUUGCUGCCCCCACCUGAUUUCUUCUGUUUUUGCUAAUUUGUCACAUUUCAAUAUUUCAGGUUAUCGAACCAGUUUUAAUAUUAGAUAGAGACACAAGUUAACUCAGAAUUUAGCUUUUAAACGAUCGUUCUAUUCAUUGAAUAUAAGGAUUUAUUCGAAACCUGUAUCGGCCAUGUGAAAAAGUAAUUGUCCCCUAAACCUAAUAACUAAUAAACCACCAUAACUUGCAUUGCGAUUCAUCGCCUGUUUAAGGUCUCAGCACAGCAUCCCAAUGAGAUUAAUGUGAGGACUUUGACUUGGUCACUCCAAAACCUUACAUUAGUUUUUUUUGAGCCAUUCAGAGAUGGACUUGCUUGGGUGCUUCGAUUCAUUUGUCCUGCUGCUUAACCAAAGUACGCUUGAACUUUAGGUCAAACUAACAGGCGGACAUUCUCCUUUCUGUUUCGUAGGUUGUUCAGAUUCUAUAGAAGUAAAUCUGCCCCAGACCGUCACACUACCACCACCAAGACUGCUGCUUUGAUGUUCUUAUCGUGGAAUGCAGUGUUAGCUUUAUGCCGGAUGUAAUGGACAUCAGGUCGCAGAAUAUUAUCCCAUUAUAUAUUCACAUAGGGUCAAGUGGGGAUGAACAGCAUUCUUCCUUCAAUAAGUGAAAUUUUGUGUUUAUUUAGGUUCGUUUUUGAUCUGAAACUAAGUCUAAACGCUUCAGAGGCCACCGCAACUGCUCCUCAUUAUAACAUCACCCAUGCAUCAGGGAUUGCUGAAGAAUCGAGCUGCGCAGCCUGACUUUUUAGAGACAUAUUGUAAGCAGACAGUGGUUCAGGUCUUUUCACCGUGUUUUGAUCAGGUGAAGAGGAGGCAUUACUGUGAUAUUUUCAUAUUCCUCACCCUGUAGAUAAACCAAAGUUUCCUGAGACUCAAAAGACUUUUUUAAACGCAUUUAUGUUUUUUGUACCUUUUGUCUGAUGCUCUUUUUAUUGAUAUGCUGCAUUGUUUACUGGGGUUUACUCUGUUCCUGUUGUCUAUACUGUAAUCACCAGAGCACUUCUAAUAUCUGUUAGAAAUGAUUGAGCCACUUGGCUAUGGAAGCCUGUUCCUGCCAUGUAGAGGAGGAAAAAAUUACCUGCAUUUCUUUUCUAAUUUUUUGAUUCUGGCAGCAGUGUGUUAUAAAUGUUGGUGUACUAUCUCAUAGUCAUGACUUAUUUUCUCAAAAUAUUGACUUAGCAUCUCGAAAUAUUGAUUUAUUUUCUAAUUAAAAUGACUUGUUGAAAGAUAACUGUCUGACUUAAAAGUAUGCAAUAAUAAUGACCUUUCACAUCAAAAAAUGACUUGGUAUCUUUUAAUAAAUACUUAGUAUAUCAAAGCAAUGACAUAUUUCCUCAAAAUUCUAGCUUGCUUUGUCAAAAUAAUGACUUAUCUCAAAUUAGUAUCCUGUAAUAAGAUGUUUUGACUUAUUUGAAAAUAAUGACUUACUCUAGCAAAAUAUUAUUUUUCUCAGACGUAUUAUGUAUAUGUAAUAAGGAUGACUUAUUAUGUCGUAGAGACUUACUAUCCCAAAAUAACAUCUGUCUCCUCUGCUUGGAAUGAAUAGGCUUUCAUACUUCUAAUCCAUUUCAUAUUUUUUCAGUUAGAUUUUGAUAGUAUGAUUUUCAGUACUUUCAAAAACUGAUUUGUAAUACAAAAAUACCCAAUAAAUACAUUUUACACAG